AGUUAAAACUUAAAACCCAUAUAUAUAAUUAACUGGAUCAUGGAGGCAUAUCCAUCAAUGUCGUCGUUUCCAUGUUCAUCGUCUUCUUCGAUGUCGUCCCCACCGCACGCGCCUUUGAGCAUGGAAGUUCCCAAAACGGAGGUGCAAAGCGAGGAUCGGGAGGAGAAACCGGAGAAGAAGAACAAGUCCAGCUGCGGCAGGUAUGCCUUUCAGACUAGGAGCCAAGUUGAUAUUCUUGAUGAUGGUUAUAGAUGGAGGAAAUAUGGUCAGAAGGCUGUCAAAAACAAUACUUUCCCCAGGAGCUACUAUAAGUGCACACACCAAGGAUGCAAUGUGAAGAAACAAGUUCAAAGGUUGUCUAAAGAUGAAGGAAUUGUUGUGACAACCUAUGAAGGCGUCCAUUCCCACCCAAUUGAGAAAUCCACAGAUAACUUUGAAAACAUCUUGAGUCAAAUGCAAAUCUACGCCACUUCACCUUUUGAUUCAUUUUACCAAAAUUAGACCAUCGUGAAUCUCCCUCGUAUACGAGGUGUGCAUUGUAAUAUAGUGUCAUUUAUGCAUGGUCAAGUUCCGGUACGGUUACAUGAGCUAUAUAUGCAUACGGGGUGUCAUGUCAUAUCAUAUGUAUUUAGUGGUACAAAUUUGUAAAAUAAUUGAAAAAUGAUGAAUAUAACUGAGAUUCUAAGGAGCCGUUAUAUAAGAAGCGACUUAGAAUUAUUGAGAUUCUCGAAGUAGGAAUGUGCCCAUUUCUUUAGUUUUUAGUGAUUAUAAUUGUAUUAAAUUUACAUCAUAGUGACAAUAAAAUUUACAUAUGGCAACUACUUAUAGU